AUGAAAUCAUAUUUAAUUAUUGUAUUCCUCAUACUUUUAAAAAUAUGUUUUUCUUUCAUCAUUAAAAAGAAUAAGAUUUUAAUUUAUGACAAAAAUUUUAUUUGGAGAAAAUCGAAAAAGAAAAAAGAAAUUUCUUGUAAUAGGAUUAAGCUAGUUCAAAAUGAAAUAAAUAAAGACUGCAUAGAUAUAAAUACAAAAAAAAUUGACGAUAAUAAUUAUGAAGGAAAAAGUGAAAAAUUUAUAAAUGCAAUUAAAGAAGAAGAUUAUAAUUAUUUAUAUUUAUAUCAUAUAUACAAAAAGGUUAAAAUAAUUAAAAAAGAAAAAUAUAUUUAUAAUCCAACAAAGUAUGAAUCUGUUAGAUCAUAUAUAAAAAGAGAAUUAAAUGAAUGUUUAGAUGUAAAUACUUCUUCUUACAUUUUCAAAAUUUCAGAAUUUUAUUCAAAGAAUAUUUUAGAUGUUUCAGUCUAUGUUAAUGAAAUUACAAAUAUUCUUAGCUUUUUUACUUUUAAUAGUUCUUAUAACUUGCAAUCUAAUGAAAAUAAAAAUAUUGAUUAUAAAGAUAUAAAGGAUAAAAAUUAUAAUAAUGAAGAUUUUUUAGAAAUGAACAAUUCUAGUAUUAAAGGAAAUUCUAACAACCAAAAUAAAUUAGACAUUUGUAAUGAUUCUAUUAAAGAAAUAAAUAAUAAUAUUAAUAGUACUGGUAAAAAAGAAAUUAAUAUUUAUGAUCAUUUAGGUGAUGUUCUAAAUAAUGAUAAGAAUAUUUCUAAUCAACUAAUUGGAAAAUAUAAAAAUAAAUUCUAUAAUAAUGAGACAUCUAAUUUAUAUAAUGAAAAAAUAAAUAAUUUACAAGAAAAUUUUAAUGAGGAAGAAAAUAUAUUUAAAAAAUUAAAUGAAAGUCAAUCAAAAACAAAAAUAACUAAAUUAAUAAAUAGAGAUGAAAAAUAUAAAUCUUUUUGUUUUUAUUUUUUUAGACUAGUUGAUUCUAUUAGUGGUCUUUUUUGCUGUUUAGGAAAAAGAAGAAAAAGAGAAGAAUUAUAUAAUUUUUUACAAAAUUUAAAAUUAAUAGAUAAAGUAAAAAAUUAUAAUAUAAAUGAUAUAUGUUUCAGUAGUGACUUUAUGAUUUAUAUAAUUAGAUUAACGAAAUACAAAGACAUGAAUUUUAUAUGUUCUUUAAAAAAAUUAAAAGUAUAUAAGUUAGAAGAGAUAAAAAAAAUUUUUCUUAAUUGCUUACAUGAUAAUCUUUUAGAUAUAAAUUAUUUAAAAUAUUUGGAAUAUGAGUUUAUAAAAAAAGAACAACAAAAAAAACAAUCUGAAAACAAAAUUAUUUUAAACGUUGAGGAAUUUGAUAAAAAUCUAGAAAACAAAAAUAUUAAAAACAUUAACUACGAUAGCUUAAAUGAAAUGGAAAAAGAAUAUAAUAAUUUAUUAAAGAAAUAUUCUAAAGAAAAGGUAAUUAAAGACAAUUUAUAUUACAAUGAAAAUGAUCUAAAAAAUAUAAUAAAUGAUAUUUUAAAUAAAAAUGUGUUUAUUAAAAAAAAAAAGAAAAAGAAAAAUAAUAAAGUGGAAAAACACCAUAUCUUUGCAGUUAAUAUAUACGAAAUAGAGAAAGAACGCUUAUGCGAAAUAUUAAAAAAAUACAAUAUAAAAACAGAUAAUAUUAAUAAUUUAUUAAAUAAAAUGAAUAAUUUACUUAACUCUUAUUGUAUUAAUAUAAACAUUCAAUUAAAAUUAGUUAAUAAUAAUAUAGAACUAGAUAAUAAAAAAGAUAACGAAAAAUCUAUAAAAAUAAAUAAUAGUGUAUUAGAAGAUAAGGAUAAUAAACAAAAUAACGAAAAAUAUAUAAAAAUAAAUAAUAGUCUAUUAGAAGAUAAGGAUAAUAAUUCUAAAAAAAAGGAAGAGGAGGAGAAAAAUGAAAAAGAACAAAUUCUUACUACUAAAACAAUUGAUCUUAGUGAUGUAUCUUUAUCAGGUAUUAAAGAUUACAUUUUAUAUAAAAAAAAUGAAGAAAAAAAUUUGAAAAAUGUUACUGAUGAAAGAAAAAGUGAAAGUGAAAGUAAAAGUGAAGGAGAAAGUGAAGAUGAAUAUAUUUUUAAAUAUUUUGAUAUAUAUCCAAAACAAGAUUCAUUAAUUUUCGAAUUUAAUAAAUCAUUUUUAAAUGAACAUGAAUUUUUGACACAUAAUAACAAUAUCAAUAAUCAAGAAUUAAAAGAAGAAACGUUAGUUAAUUUGGAAGAAAUAAAACAAACAAACUACAAUUUUAAAUAUGAUAAUCAAAACAUAGACAAUAAAUUAGAUAAAAAUAUUGAUGAAAAUAUUAAUGAAAACUUUGAUGAAAAUAUAAGUGAAAACUUUGAUGAAAAUACAAAUGAAAAUAUAAAUGAAAACUUUGAUGAAAAUACAAAUGAAAAUAUAAAUGAAUACUUUGAUGAAAAUAUUGAUAAAAACAUUAAUGAAAACUUUGAUGAAAAUACUGAUAAAAAAAUUGAUGAAAAUAUAAAUGAAAACAUUGAUGAAAACUUUGAUAAAAAUAUUAAUGAAAACUUUGUUGAAAAUAUAAAUGAAAACUUUGUUGAAAACACAAAUGAAAACUUUGUUGAAAAUACAAAUGAAAACUUUGAUGAAAAUAUAAAUGAAAAAUUUGAUAAAAAUAUUGAUGAAAACUUUGAUAAAAAUAUUGAUGAAAAUAUAAAUGAAAACUUUGUUGAAAAUACAAAUGAAAACUUUGAUGAAAAUAUAAAUGAAAUCUUUGAUGAAAAUACUGAUAAAAACAUUGAUGAAAAUAUAAAUGAAAACUUUGAUGAAAAUAUAAAUGAAAUCUUUGAUGAAAAUAUAGAUAAAAACAUUGAUGAAAAUAUAAAUGAAAACUUUGAUGAAAAUAUAAAUGAAAAAUUUGAUAAAAACAUUGAUGAAAAUAUAAAUGAAAACUUUGUUGAAAAUUUAAACGAAUUAAAUAAGUGUGAUGAUGAAGAUUUAGACAAAUAUUGCGAAAAUACCAAAAAAAAAAAAAAAAUAAAUAAAAAUGAUAGUGAAAUAGAAAAAUUAAAACUUUAUAUUUAUCAUAAAAAAGAGAAAAAAUAUAGAUACAAUUUUGAGAACGUUUUUGCAGAUAGUUUUGAAAAAAAAAUGAAAAUCUUAUUAUUUAUUCUAAAGAAUGAAAAUAUGAAAAAAGUUAUUGUAUGCGUAGAUGAAAAAGAGAGAGAAUUAAUCAAAAUGAAAUGUAAAAUUGAAAAAUUAGAAUAUGAUGAUAUACUAAGUACUUCAAAAAAUGUAAAACAUUAUAUAAAUAAAGAAAAAUCAUAUAAAAAUUCAUGCUUCAUUUUUAUGAAUGAAAUAUAUAAUACAUUAGAAUUAAGAAAAAUAGUAGGCAAUUUAUCAGAACGAAAUGAUAAUAAUGAAAUAUGUUUUUAUCAUUUUGCAGAUAAUAUUCAAAAAGCUGCAGUCUUUAAAAAACUAUUUUAUUCCAUUACACAAAAUGAAGAUAAUUAUUUAUUUUAUCUCAAAUCUAAAAAUAAUAAUAAAGUUAAUAAAAAAGACUUAAUUAAUAGUAAGAAUAAUGCAAAUAAUAAAAAAAUAAAUGAUCAUACAUAUACAUCUUAUAAUAAAAAAAAAAAAAAAUUAUCUAAAAGUGAAGAAAAAUGGAUAUCAUUUAGGAGAAGAACAUUGAAAAAAAUUGAUGAAAUGAAAAAAAAAGCAGAAUUAAUAAAAAAAAAAAAAGCAGAAAAAAGAGAUAUGAAAAUAAAAAAAAUUGUUGCAAAGUUAAAAUCUAAAGAAAGGAAAUUAAAAUAA